UAUAGUAAACAAAACUCAUCUUCUCUGUGUCUUCUUAUAAAAUUCGAUUCGAUCUGCCACGAGCAAACCCUAGCGCAAACUCCUAUAGAUUCCUCAGCGAGAAGAAAAUCUGCAACUCCGAGCUUGAUUUCACCAUCCCCUCUCUCUCUAUCUCCUCGCUGGGUAAGAUCUGUGGUGUUUUUUUGACUCUACAGCUCAUAUCGAUUGCUUUCUUGGCUGAGAAAUUAACGCUAAGGUUGAGUCUCGAUGUGGGACGCUAAUCAUUAGACUUUUGUUUUCAAAGUGAUGCUCGUCUUCUCUCCUCUGUCUAUGGCUUUUACUGUCAUCCUUCAAAAGCUUAGUGUCUUUGGUCCUGGUUUGAAUCCCUCCUUCCCUUACUGCAUCGCCAAUCACUCCCGUUAAGUCUGCCUCCUUCACUGUCUACACUCUUGAUAUUGCUUUAGACAUUCUUGAGUGUCAUGUAAAUCUCUGCUCUCUCAUAGCAUAAGUGUAUCUUGCUGAGUUAGUUCUUGAGGUAAGUCUUCUUUGACCUUCUACACCAAAACCCGCAUCUUACUUUCAAAGCUAGUUCUACUUUGCCUGAAGCUUAGACCCAAAGAAAUGAUCCAAGACCUGCCGGUUGCAUUCUCGCUCCGGCGUAACUCCUUUAGACGCCGAUCCCCAAGAUCAAACGUCGAUGACAGGGGAUGGACUCCGCUCCACAUCAAAGCCCGGAAAGGCGAUCUGAAAUCCGUCAAACAGCUGCUCGACCAAGGGUUCGACGUCAACGCUCUAGCGUGGGGACCCAAAUCAAAGGGAGUGACUCCGCUUCACCUUGCUGCCGAGGGAGGUCACAUUGAAGUCAUGGAUCUGCUCCUCGAGCGCGGGGCCAACAUCGAUGCCAGAACAUGGGGGUCAUGCGGGUGGACCCCUCUCCACGCUGCGGCCAAAGAGAGGAAGAGAGAAGCGGUGAAGUUUCUGGUGGAGAAUGGGGCGUUUCUGCCGGAUGACAUAAGUGAUACGAGAUUCAAUCCGCCGGUGCAUUACUGUCAUGGACUGGAGUGGGCGUACGAGGAGAUGGAGAAGCUUAAGAGCGAGUCUUCUUCUUCUUCAUCUGGUGGAGACACUUCUUGCAGUUCAGAGAACUGAUCUUUGUUGCUGUCUUUUUUGCUUUGAUAUUUCUCAAGAAACUUGUCAGAACUCUAUGGUUUGUGUUUGGUUUUGUAUCUUAUAUACAGUAUGUUAAAACUCCUACUGGUAUGCCUUGCAUAAUAAAUCUUGUGUCAUAAUAA